AUGAAUCGGAAAGGGCCUAUGCAAAAGAAUGAAGAAACCGACAAACCUUUACGAAUUGCCAUUGUGGAGAAGGAUCGAUGCAAACCGAAAAACUGUGGGCUUCUAUGUAAACGGAGCUGUCCUGUGAACAAAAUGGGUAAACAGUGUAUCGUCGUCGAGGCAACAUCGUCUAUUUCUCAAAUCUCUGAAGUCCUAUGCAUUGGUUGUGGUAUAUGCGUGAAAAAAUGUCCUUACAAUGCCAUUACAAUUAUCAAUCUACCGACUAACCUUGCACAUGAAACUACACAUCGCUAUUCAAUGAACUCGUUCAAAUUGCAUCGGCUGCCCACCCCACGCACUGGAGAGGUAUGA